GAUGAUCCCAGUGUUGUGUCAGGAUGAAGAGAGUGUAAUUACAGUAUGCCAAGAGGAAGAUAAUGACCUCAGAGUGGACUGCCUUCUGGAGCCCAGACCCAACUACCACACAGACUAUGAGUUCUCCAUGUCCAAAGGCCAAAAGGAGAUCAUCAUAAACACCAACAUCUCUGGAAUCAUGCCUGAACCCAAGUUCAGGCAUAACACAUUUGUGACAGAGCUUGAACCAUACGGAUUCAGGCUGACCAUUAUGAGCUUUGCCAUCUCUGAGAAUACAACUUUCAUUUGCAAAGUAACCAAGAUCCAGAAGACUCUGUUUGUUGAAUUAGACAGCGUUGAGCCCUGCUCUGCCAUCAGUGUGUUUCUGCUGGGUUAUCCUUGGCUUAAUCUUCUGGUUCCUCUGUGCAUCAUACAGCUAUGGGAAGCCUUUUAAGAAACAGUCAGCUACGACAUCAUAUUUCCAGAGUCUAAAUAAAGUAUUUCUGUAGAUUUCUCAGCAUAUUUGGGUAUUUUAAGAAAUGCUGUUCAAUCUACUUGCUCUGCCUUUACUGUAAAGUAAGUGCUGGUUGCUGCCUCUAUGAAGGUAUAUUUAUUUAUUUUUUUGCCUUUUUACGUGUCUAGCUAAAGCACAGCUGAGGACAUGUCCUGUGUGCAAUAAGUUAAAAGAUAUUUAAGGUUCUUGACUGCUAAUGAGGGGUACCAAAAUUGUUGAUAAAGUUAUGCCAAACAAUUGUACUGCAUCUUAAAAUGCUUCGAAUGAAAUGCAUUAGUAUAGAUAAAUAAAUAAAUGUAAUAAUUUAUUGACUUCAUU